AUGGCGAUGAUCAUCGUCGAUACCCUCGCCGCCGCUACCAUCCUUGCCAGCCUCGCCCAUGCCUCAAACACCCUGUCUCGCGCGUCGUCCAGCGUCGAUGUGGUUUCUCAGACGCGCAACAGUUACAGGGACUUCUCGGACAAGAGCACCUAUAGCAACCGCGCCACACAUUUGCUACCUUCCAUGGCUCUGGCAACCAAUUUUUCCGACCUCAAGCAGGGUGGCCGUGCGCCUCUCGCUCAUGUCCCCAUCAACAGCAACACUAGCAAUAUCAAGUACAACGCCCACAGUGACGACAGAUACGGCAACGGCACGAAUGUCAUUCAAAGUAACGCCUAUGGUCGCUCCAUCAAUUACCGCCGCAGCCGCCGUCACUAUCAGUUGUGA